AAUGUUUUUUCCGUCAAGGUUAGAAGUAGUUUUUUUGUACAUGAUGUGUGAUGUAUUUUAGGUGGUGCAAAAGUACUUUCUACUGUUUGGAAAAAUACCUAUUUUAAAACGUAAUUUUGAAUUGAAAUAUGGAAUAUAAAGUGGAUGAUUUUUUUAAUGAAAUAAACGAAAUAGCACCUCCACCAUUAAAGGAGGCCCAGGAUGAAGAUUGGAAACAAUGUUUUGACAAGCUCACUGGGUAUCCAUAUUAUUGGAACAAAAAGACUGACGAAGUUACUUGGACUGUACCCCCUGGUUUUAAAACCUCCGAAGAGAAAACACCCUCGAAACCUCAGAAAAAACUCCCACCGAGAUUACCACCAAAAGUCUCCCAGCCGAAAUCGUUGUAUAUUCCACAAAGGUCCACCGUGUUUCCAGCAGUUGCGUCGGGCCUUGUACCAAAAGAAUCUGUAAAAGUUUAUUCAGUCGCUGAAGCCACUAGUGCUAAAAAACGACCAGUAGCUACUAAAAAAGAUUCACAAAAGAGACGUUAUCCAAAAGAUGAUCAGUCAGAUGAUGAAAAAAUUGUAUUGAUAUCAUCAUAUGGUUCGGGAUCAGAUUCAGAAGAGGAAGCUCCAGUUCCGAAAAGGAAUAAACCGGAACCACCUCCACCUAAACAGCGUGAAAGUUCUGUUUCUGAUGAUGACGACGAUUUAGACAUCUUAGCAAAAAUACAGAAAAGAGCACAAGAACUUAGAGAACUCGGAGGUGACAUUCCAGCAGAAGUGAAAAGCGUUGUAGAAAGUGCCAAGAACGAAAUACAAUCGACUCCACAUGAACACAGGGAAGUACCGAUUGGUCCUUCAUUACCAGAAUACUCCAGAAAAGACACAUCAACUUCACAUAAAAAGAUAACAGGAAUCGGACCUUCAUUACCAGAAUAUUCCAAAAGAGACAUUUCGACUUCAAAUAGAAAGGUAGGGGUAGCACCAAUGAGUCCCUCAUUACCAGAAUAUUCCAAAAUAGACACAUCGACUUCGAAUAGAAAGGUAGGGGUAGUACCAAUGGGUCCUUCAUUGCCUCCAUUACCAGAGUAUUCCAAAAAAGACACAUCGACUUCAAAUCUUUCAAGGGUAGGGGUAGUACCAAUAGGUCCUUCACUACCUUCAUUACCAGAAUAUUCCAAAAAAGACACAUUUACCUCAAAGAAAAGGGUAACAACGGGGCCUUCAUUAGUAGCUAGUUAUCUCAGUGAUAGUGAUAGCGAUGAAGACAAUGAAGAAAUUAAAAACAUUCCUCAAGUGAAACAGGAAUUGCCUGUGGCUCAUAGUACUUUAUUUCCAGUUACCAAACCUGUCAGUAUAAACGACUUCAUAACACCAAAGCCUCCUGAAGUGGCUACUAGUACAAGUCCAAAAACUGCAGUAACCCCACAACCAUUUGAUACUAAAUUAUUUAUGAGAAAGAAGAAGUUGUCAGUGCCAGUCGUGACCGUUGCGAAAAAAAGCGGAGAUGAUGAGGAACGCAGAACAGGCUUUGGUUUCGAAGAAAAUGUAGCUACUUCAGAAAGAGCGAACGAUAAUCUAUAUCCUGGUUUCAAGAAAGGUGGUGUAGCUUUUGUCAAAUCAGAUGUUCUAUUGCCUUCAUUUACCAGGAACGAAGAAUCUAAUGGUAAAGAGGAAGACGAUUUAAUCGAUAGAGAAGGCAUUGAUAAUACAUACAGUAAUUUAAAGGAUAAAUUAACGUUUUUGAAUGAAGGUAGACCGUCAAUAUCUUCGGUACAGGUGAUGUUAGUGCAAGCUGAGACUCUUGUGGUUGCCAUGAAUGAUGGGGCACUGAAGAGAUCGUAUCUAAAAAAAUGGUUAGAUGAUACUUGUUCAGAAUUAAAGAAACUGGAAAAAGAAGCGGCACCUACUGGAUGGAUGCUACAAUGGGACAGGACACACAGAAGGUAUUUCUACCAGAACAGAUUUUCCGGAACUAGUCAGUGGGAGUACCCGCAGCCCGAUAUGAACACUAGCGACGUGGCCAUGGAUAUAUCCACAACGCCGCCUCCGCCACACGAGAUUGAAUCGCCGCCUCCCGAAGAGGUAUUACCACCUCUUCCACCCAAGAUAAGAAGUCCAUCCCCGCCUCCUCCACCAGUUAUCAGCUGCGUCGAAUACGAGGAAGUUGUUGUACAUACUGUUCCUCUCCCUGUUCCUGCUAGUCCCGUUACCGUCACGCCACAACUCACCUACAACGGUCAGCCUCAUCCUCCAGGAGUGGAUAUAAGCGAAUUGACACCAAUAAAACCCACAAUAAACCCACAACCACCAGAUCUCGAUUCUGCUUUGGACUCGUUCUACUCUGAUAUUGCAGCUAUAACUUCGUCUCCAAAACCACCGCCUCAGCAAGAAGAAGAAAACAUUUCUCCUGUUGAAGUUCCAAUAGAAACUGUCAAGAAAAAGAAGAAACCAAAGGUGAAAUUAGCACAAGGAUUGACAAUGAAGAAAAAAGGAGUAUCUCAGUUGGUAGAGAAAUGGAAAAAUGUACAGCAAGAAUAUAAUAAUUAGUAUAAAUAAAUUAUUUUUACUGUUUUAA